GGUGACUAAACGAGAGAGUGAUGAGGCGUAGUGCGAUCCAGAUACUCCUGUGUGCUGAGCUCAGUGGCCCAGGGCGAGCUGGCGUCAAUGGUCCGGUGAGCUGACCCCAGUGAGCGGGCGUGUUGGCCUCAGUGACCCAGAGCGCUGACCUCGGCGCUCGCGGCUCGUUCGGUGUCGGCUGAGCAAUCUCGCUGCCUCUCAGUGAUCGGCGUCGUCGUCCUCUCGUUAACCGUUAUCGCUCAGGGGCGACGCAGACCGACACGGACGACUGUCUUGUUUUCCUGACCUUGCAUGAGCUCGUAUUCCGGUCAGAGAUGGUCCCCCGGUCCGCCGUUACGGUCAGUAAUGGUCUACUGAUGGUCCUCUGGACCCGGUCAGUGAUGGUCUACUGUUGGUCCUUUGGACCCGGUCAGUGACUACCCCCGCUGGUUCCUGUCCCGCCGCGACGGACCCAUUGUUUUUGUUCCACAUUGUUAUUGGGGUGGGCGCCGCUCUCUAUGCGUAUGACUCAGUAGCUCAAGCUUGGUAUUCUACCCACACAUUGUCAGUAAAGGCAGCUGGCGGCCUGGCCGACCGGCACGCGACAUUGCUAUCCUCUAUACCUCCGCCGUAUUUUCGGCCGGGAGCGUCCGCGGUGGCGCAACAUUCCACAUGACUGAGGCCCAACCAGCGAGAUAUGUUAACGAUAUGGCGUAUUAUAACUGUGUGCUUUCAUUGUGUAAUCUGAUUAUAUACCAUGCUGGGGAAACAAGUGUCAAUAAAGCCCUUGUACCGGACUCCUUACUGCCUGUUCACGAGGAGCCAAUGUUGAACCAAUGUUUUCUGGUUGUGUUUGACCCAGCUGGAGAGUACGUUGCACCGUGCUCGUCUGGUCACGCUCUGAUUAGUCAAGGCCCACUUUUUUUGUUUAAAUCAAAGAUGCAACUUGAAGAAUGCCGCUUCCCAUAGAUGUGUAGAUAUUUUCACAAAGUGAACCCAAACUACAAGGGGCAAUAAGCUCUGGAUUGACAAGCAACACCGAGUUUAUCCCAAUCGCACUGUGACUGGUGCCGCCUUCAACCUCGUGGCAUUCAAAGCUUCGGCCUCAUCGGCGUAUGACACCUCUUCACAGGAUGCCCCCGCUGCGUCCGGUGCGCUCCCUGGAGGAGCUGACGUCCGACUGGCUGGCCGACCAGCUGUGGCAGCUGGGAGCCGACGGGCGACCCCCGGAGCCGGCGCUGGCGCUCUGCUCCCACCUGCAGCGGCACCUGGCGCCGCCCCUGCAGCGGCAGCUGGCGCAGAGACUGGAGCGCCGCUGCGGCAGCCGGCCGGCCGGGCCGCUGCUAGCCGCUCUCGGCUACCUGCUGGGCGGCCGGCGGCUCCAGCUGCGGCUGCAGGAUCUCGGGGCCGUCAGUCAGCUCAGUACCGGCGCCCCGCCGCCGUCCGGAGGACCCCGCGCGCUGGCGGUGCGCUCCGAGAACCCUCUCUGGGAUGAGCAGGAGGUGGCUGAGCACGCGCCGGCUCUGGCGCGGGUGCUGACCGAUUUCACUCAGCUGGUCAGCCUGGAGCUGACCAACCACUGUACCAACACGGUGCUGGCCGUGGUGGGACGCUGCUGCCGCCGGCUGGUCAAACUGCACGUCGAGCUGUCCAUGGCGGAUAACGAGGGCGUCCGCCUGCUGCUUGGACUGCCAGAUAGCAUGGAACAGUGCCUUCAGAUGUGCCGCCGCGGCACUCCUCUAUCCCCCACUCAGAUGGACACGCUGAGGGAAGUCUGCUUCGAGAGCACCAUGGUGGGCACCCACGGCUACAUACUGCUGCUGCAGGCGCUGCCCAAGAUGCACGUCUGUCGCGUCACAGAGGUGGACAUUGCCGACGUCAUUGACGGCAUCUACGGCGCCGACCCGUCCACGUGGCGGCCCAUGGUGCCUUGCUACUCACUGCGCCGACUCGAGUGUCGGUACCAGCUGCAGGCGCAGCACGCCGAGUGCCUGGCACGCUGCUGCCGCCAUCUGCAGCACCUCUGCCUCAGGGGACGACACUCGGCCCGCAAUGACCUCAUGAUGCUCCACUGGUUCACCAGUCUGUCCGACCUCACGUCACUGGAGCUGAUCGAUGUCCACCCGGCGGCUCUGCUCGAGUUCCUGGACAUCGCCGGCCGCCGGCUCAGCUCCCUCCACCUCGUGGAGACCUCGCGCGCCUCCGCCAGUCUGUUCUCGGACCAGGCGCGCCACCUGUUCCCCUCCCUCCGCCUCUGCCUCGGUCUGAGCUCGCUCCGACUGACCCUGGCCGCCGACGUGACGCCGGUGUCGCCACCUCCAACGCAGAGGGCGCUGCCGUCGCUGGUGCGGCUCGGUAUAGAGGGCGCUCGUGCGCCGGAGGUGACCCGGUUGCUGAGCGCCUCAGCGCCGCGUCUUCAGGAGCUGGAGCUGGAGGGGCUGGCCGGAGGGCUGACGGACGAGGCCGUCCAGUCGGUACUGGCUGAUGGAGGACUCCGUGAGCUGAGGCGUCUGCAGCUGACCGACUGUGAGAUGACGGAGGCUGGGGUGGAGUCGCUCCUCACCGAGUGUCCCCUGCUGCACUGCAUCUCCGGACUGGGGGAGGGACUGGCCACCCAGCUCCGGUGCAGAGCUAGCGAGAACAACUGGAACCUGGACCUGAGCUGAGCUGGGGAAGCCUGAACCGGCUGAAAGGAGCCAGUAUGAGCUGGCUUACCUGUUCUCGCUGAGCUGAGCUGAGCUAAACUGAGCUUAGUGCCGUGUGGGAUGGCUGGGCUAAGCCGAGUUGAGCUAAACGGAGGUGAGGUGAGCUGAGUUAGAGUUUUACUCAGCUGAGCUGAGCUGAGUGUGGAUGGGCUGGGCGGAGAUGAUUUGAGCUAAAGUGAGCUGAGCUGAGCUGAGUUUUAUACUCAGCUGAGCUGAGUCGAGCUACACGUUUAAGGAUGGAGAAUCCUUGGUUGGGUUAGUGAUCAUCCAUUGAGAUGAAUUAGCGAAGUUGGCCGUUUGUCCUAGUUUCAUGUGUGUGAAUGUGGUCCGUAUUGCAUCGAACCUGUUUUCGGCCAAAGGCGUGACCCUUAUGGAAACUCGUGGUUAGUGGGGGAGUAUGUUUAUACUCCUGGGGGAGUAUUUUUAUACUCUGCCGUCACAGCGGUACCGGGAAAUUCACACUGUGAUAGAUCCGAUAUAUAUCAUAUCGCCCGGAUAGUGUGUAGUUGUACGGCAGCUGCCAGCGGGAAUGCUUACGUGAAUGGUAUAAUGGUUUAAUGUGGCUAGUCGGAUGUGGCUCACCCGCCCCCUCAUAGCUCAUUAAGCACAUAUCUGGGCUUAAUAUGGUCCCUGGAUAAUAUUUAUCGCCCGCUUUUUAUUCGUGGGCAAGGAAUGAUGGAGUAUGCUGCUUCAUCGAAUGGUGAUACUUCAUCGAAUGUCGCCAAGGUAUGUUCCUGUGUUGUUUGAUCGAUGGUUUAACGUACUCCAAUGCAUUCUGCCAUUGGAUAGUGAACUGCUGCCUGUUAUGGUUUAGUUUAUUGGUUAACCGCUGAAAUAUACAGAAUUGCACCACAA